UACACAUCACAUACUCUACUCGUAACAUUUUUCAUCUAUAGAAAUCUCUUUCUUUCGUAAAAAUUACUAUUACCAUGGGAUCUGACAAGAAGAUUAAGAUCGGAAUUAACGGUUUCGGAAGAAUCGGACGUUUAGUAGCAAGAGUUGCACUUCAAAGAGAUGAUGUUGAGCUUGUUGCUGUUAAUGACCCCUUCAUUACCACUGAUUAUAUGACAUAUAUGUUCAAAUACGAUAGUGUUCAUGGCCAAUGGAAGCACCAUGAGCUAAAGGUAAAGGAUGAGAAGACCCUUCUUUUCGGCGAGAAGCCAGUCACUGUUUUUGGAAUUAGAAACCCAGAAGAUAUUCCAUGGGGUGAAGCCGGAGCUGAUUUCGUUGUGGAGUCUACUGGAGUCUUCACUGACAAGGAUAAGGCUGCUGCUCACUUGAAGGGUGGUGCAAAGAAAGUCAUCAUCUCUGCCCCAAGCAAGGAUGCUCCUAUGUUUGUUAUGGGUGUCAAUGAGAAGGAAUAUAAACCUGAACUUGACAUUGUUUCAAAUGCUAGUUGCACAACCAACUGUCUUGCUCCAUUGGCUAAGGUCAUUAAUGACAGGUUUGGCAUUGUUGAGGGUCUUAUGACUACUGUGCAUUCUAUCACUGCCACUCAAAAGACUGUGGAUGGCCCAUCAAUGAAGGAUUGGAGAGGUGGACGGGCUGCUUCUUUCAACAUCAUCCCCAGCAGCACUGGAGCUGCUAAGGCUGUUGGUAAAGUUCUGCCAGCCCUUAAUGGAAAGUUGACUGGAAUGUCCUUCCGUGUCCCAACUGUUGAUGUUUCAGUUGUGGAUUUGACGGUAAGGCUUGAGAAGAAGGCUACAUAUGAGGAAAUCAAGGCUGCCAUUAAAGAGGAAUCAGAGGGCAAGCUCAAGGGUAUUUUAGGAUACACUGAGGACGAUCUUGUAUCCACAGACUUUGUUGGUGACAGCAGGUCGAGCAUCUUCGAUGCCAAAGCUGGAAUUGCAUUGAAUGACAACUUUGUGAAGCUUGUGUCAUGGUAUGACAAUGAAUGGGGAUACAGCUCCCGUGUUAUCGACUUGAUUUGCCACAUUGCAUCUGUUCAAGCCUAAAUAUUCUGCUGCUGGUUUCAUUUUGGGCCAUUUUGUUUGUUUGUUUUGUUUUUUCUGUCUACUUAUAUUUUGAGAACUUUGCUAUAAUUGUCUAGAAAUUAGCUUUUUGGUUAUGUCGUUCAUUGGAUAAACUGGUAUGGUUACAUGUAUGGAAUAAUAAGAAUUUUGGUUCUUUGA